ACCAUGAUGCUGCCGCGCAUGUCCGCCGACAGUCCCAUCCCGAAGGCCGCCACCGCUGCCACGCCCAGCGUGCUGUAGACGCACGGCCACAGCGACUGCUUCUGCAGGGAGAGCACCAUGGCGCCGUACGCCGUCGCCAUGAGCAAGCCGGACGCAAACCCCAGCAGGCUCCAGCCUGCCUCCAUCAGGUGGCUUCUGACCUUCCAUCGCCGCAAGUGAGAGCAUAGCGCUGACCUUUGAGGGAGGGCACGUGAAUGCGCAUUUAGCACCCCCUGGUGGCCAUUGGACGGACUCAAGGAUCGCGUGGACCAUCAUGACCAGUGACACCGCCCCAUCUAGGCCUCGCAGCACUGUUGAGCACGUGAUCAGGAGCGUCCUCCCGAUUGGUUGCCAUCGCUUCCUCCUCGGCCGCGCGGAGGAGGCGGGGCCGGUCCACGUCAUCCUCAGGGGCGUGUUUGGCGCGCUGAGCGGCUCAGCCAUUUUUCUGGGUGUGGCGCAGAGCCUCCCGCUGACCUUUCACCUCAAACUGGCCAUGGGAUGCGUUUCCGCUGGGCUGUGUCUUGUGGGCGGGGCCGUGUCGUCGUCCUUCAGGUGCUCAGUCCUGCUGGUGUUUCCCAGCAUGCUCGGCUCCCGGGGUCGGGCCUACCUCAUGCUGCUCAUCGUCACAAUGCUCUACUCAGGUCCGGUGUCCAACAUUGAGAGGAACGUUCAGGCAGCUGCAGAGAGUCUGAGCUGCAACUUGGACCUGCAGCUCCACAAAAGCAAGUUGCUAUGGAGAGACGCCGUCAAACCUUUUCUCACGCUGGCCCAGGAAGUCGCGGAGGACGAGGCGGAGUUGCAGUCGGAGGCCCUGGAUGCCGACAAGAAGUUCCGGGUCAUCCAGGACCAGGUGGCCCAUCAGUACGGCUACGAUCCGCUGAAAAGCGAAGACGACGCCAGCAGGAGCACGCAAGAGCAGUUCGUCACCCAGACCAUGAUGCAGUGCGACAAUAUGGUCAACCAGGGCGUCCAGCGCUGUGCCGAUUGGUUCGGUCUGAAGUGGGCGGAGUGCAUGGAGGCCGUCCACGUGCCCGUCAUCAACCACAUCCUGUGCGUGCCCAUGAAGUUCCACUUCCUGUGUGACAUCAUGAGAGUGAUGACGCCGUGGUGCAAGGAGCACGUUCCUGUGGAGGGAAACUUUGGACGCCUCUUUGACCGCCUCAACGACUCCAUGGACCUUCUAACGCGGGAGUUCAGCACCGACCUGGUCAUGCAGGAGCAGGAACAGGACGUGUUUGAGGGACAGAUCCUGGAUCAGGAGUUCACACAAUCCGUGCAAAGUUCUUUCCAAAAAGUGACAACUCGGAUGCAACAACUGCUGGACCUCCUUCACCUGCUCAUGUCCUUCACCUUCAUCACCUUCUUCACACAGUCGCUUGGUUACACACGUGAGUUCCGAGGAGACAUCUAUUUUGACAACAUGUACAUCACAACAUAUUUCAAAAACAUAGACAGCCGCAGGAAGACAAGGGGUAAACGUUGUUUGUUGCCUCUCAGUUCGACUGACCGAAAAAAGUUUGUUGACCCCUGGAGUCCCAGAAUUCACCCUGAAGAAGUCAAACAAGUGUUAUCAGGUGUGCUGCAGGUGCUGUGUUUGCUGGUGGUGGGUGUGGUCCUGCUGAGUGUGGAUUGGUCCGUGGUUCGUGUUCUGGAUGUGGUCAGCAGACACACUCAGACCCAAUUCAACUUCACCAGCAGCCAUCAUGUGGACAUCCAGGUAGGCGGAGACUCUAUGAUGGCCCGCCUCCUAAGGAAGACGGUGGAGGCGUUUAACAGCUCGUCCAGUGUCCACAUCAUCACGGACAACCGUCGUAGGGUGCGCGACUCCGCCGUCCUUCCUCCCCGCCAGUGCGUAUGUCAGCUGUGUUUGUUGCAUCCUGCUGGCGGCACUCCUAAGCUGCAUGCAGGUGUACACCAAUCGCAUCCGCAGGGUCAUCGCCGCCUUCUUCCACCCCAAGAGGGAGAAAAGACGGGUGUUGUUUCUAUACAACGUCACCCUGUACGGACACAAGUCAGACACACAGUCGGCGCCGAGCAGCAUAAAGGUGUUGGACUGUUUCACCGCAUGCACUCGUGCGUGUGCAGGGCGGCAGGAAGCGUCUCGCUCUGAGGGAGGUGAAAGGUCAAAGUAGUUCUGUCCUCUCAACACGGGCAGCCGAGGGCGCUGUCUGCGCAUUUUCACCUCCACAAGCUUUUUAAUAGAACAUUUCCAUAAAUCAAUCAGUUGUAUUUAUUUGGAACACGUGAAAAACAUUUAACAAUUCAAAAAGUUCAAAAAGGAGUGAACGCAUGCGGGGGCUAUUUUGAUAUGUUUCCAUUUCAAGGCCAAU